UUCCCGCAGCCAGGGUCCGGCCUGCGACGCCCCGUCCUGUCCAGGCCUGGACGCUGGCACGACACCUGUGACCUCACGCGCGAGCCCCGCGGCCGCAUCUGUCGUCACACCCGGUGGCCACGCUUGCCCGGACGGACACGCAGCCCGAGGACCCGGGCAGCGCGGCGGCCACCAGAAACCACGCACACGCGCGCGGGACCCGCGCCCCAGCACCACCGGGCGAACACCAGGGUCACGCGGCGUGUCCCCCGCGCCUUCCUCGUCCCAGCUGGUUCGUGGGUAGGACCACCCAUGGCGCCGCGCCCGGAGAGAGGAGGUUCCAGGCUGCGCUUCGGGGACUGGCUCCUGGGCGAGGUGAGCAGCGGCCACUACGAGGGGCUGCACUGGCUGGACGCCGCCCGCACGCGCUUCCGAGUACCCUGGAAGCACUUUGGGCACAAGGACCUGAGCGAGGCGGACGCGCGCAUCUUCAAGGCCUGGGCCAUGGCACGCGGGCGCUGGCCGCCCGGUGGCUGCAGCAACGACAGGGGCAGCGCUGACCACCCGCCGGAGAGCGCACACCGGGCCGGCUGGAAAACCAACUUCCGCUGCGCGCUCUACAGCACGCGCCUCUUCGUGAUGCUGCAGGACAACUCCGGGGACCCCCGGGACCCACAUAAAGUGUUUGGGCUCAGCUCUCAGUGGGGCUGCAGGGGUCAGAGCGCUCUCCAAGAGGAUGCUGGGGAGACUGUGCCCUGGCCGGGUGGGUCGAAGCCUGGACCCGGACCCAGGCUCCCCAGCGCCCCCGCAGGCCUGGCCAGCCCAGCGGGGGACAUCCUGAGUCAGGCCCUGGUGCAGAGCUGCCUGCAGGCCCCGCCGGUGGGAGAAGCGUGGGGGCUGGCGCCUGGGCGUGCUGCUGAGGAUCUGGCCCCCAGCUGCAGCCCGCAGCCCCCAUCCCUGCUGGCAGGUCCAGAGGCGGCUGUGCCCGUUCUCGAGUCCUGGCCUCUCGGGGUGGCGCCCUGCCCGGUGCCCUCCACACCAGCGGUGGGAGAGUUGCUGCCACGGGCUGGGCUCUGCGGCUUCCAGGUGGGGCCCCUGGAAGUGACCAUCAUGUACAAGGGCCGCACCGUGCUGCAGGAGGUGGUGGGACAGCCCCGCUGCGUGCUUCUCUAUGGCGCCCCCGGCCCAGCCCCGCCGCCCCCCGAGCCCCAGCGCGUGGCCUUCCCCAGCCCCGCCGAGCUGGCGGACCGCAAGCAGCUGCUGUACACGGAGGAGGUGCUGCGGCACGUGGGCCCCGGCCUGCGACUCGAGCAGCGCGGGCCGGAGCUCUGGGCUCAGCGCCUGGGCAAGUGCAAGGUGUUCUGGGAGCUGGGCGGGCCCCUGGGCUCUAGCAGCCCUGCCACGGCCCCCCAGCUGCUGGAGCGGGACCGCGACACCCCCAUUUUCAACUUUGGCUGCUUCUACCAAGAGCUGCUGGAGUUCAGGGCUCGGAGUCGCCAGGGUUCCCCCCGCUGCACCAUCUACCUGGGCUUCGGGCAGGACUUAUCGGCCCGGAGGCCCAAAGAGAAGCACCUGGUGCUGGUGAAGCUGGAGCCCAGGCUGUGCCGCGCCCUCCUGGAAGCCGCGCAGCGGGAAGGCGCCUCCUCCCUCAACAGCAGCAGCCUCGGCCUCUGCCUGUCCAGCGGCAACAGCCUGUACGAGGAGCUGGAGCAGCUGCUCAUGGACCUGGAGCAGCCACCCUAGGCCUCAGGAAGCUUCAUCGAAGCCCCUGAC